AUGGAUAAUAGUUUUAAAUAGGAAAUAUAGAAGAAAGAGGCCAAUUUAGUAAUAGUUUAUGCAUAAUGGUGGAGUCCUUUGGGAAUUGAAUACUUUUUUUUGAUAAAAUAGCAGAUCGACUGA